AUGGGACAAAAAUGUGAGAGAUUGUGCGAUUAUCCAUUCUGUCCGUCACUACGGUGGUUUGGUAUUCGGCACCCACCCUAUCGUUAUUUACAAAGAAAUCACUCAGUUGGACAUCCCGAUCCAUAUCUCUCUCAAACUCCUUUUAUAAAUUCAGAAUACGCUAAAUACCCAUUUCUAUAUGAUCCAGAAGUUGGGAAAUGGGUUGUCUCAACCAAGUUUAUGUUAAUUCUUAGAGGACCCCCUGGUUCGGGAAAAUCAUAUCUUGCUGAUCGUAUAAAGAAACGCUAUCCGACUGCACAUAUAUGUUAUGAAGAUAUGCAUACAUAUUCGUUCAGUAACCGUUUAUACAAAUGUGAUCAUGAUGCUGUUCUUCGUGCAUGUGAGGCUGAAGUUAGGGAUUGUGCUUGUCAAUCGAUAAGUCCUAUUGUCAUUGACGGUAACAACAUUCGAUCCUACGAAUGUCGUCUUUAUACAGAGAUCGCACGAUCAUUUGAUUAUAACGUUAUUAUCGUGACCCCUAAAACACCUUGGAGAUUCGAUGUUAUGUCACUGGCGGGCAAAAGCAUGCAUCGUGUUUCACCAGAAAUUAUUAGUUCCAUGAUAUCUCACUUUGAACCGACCAUUUAUCCUUCUUAUUAUGGAUGGUUUUUCGCUGGUGCGACAAGCAGCAACGUUUAUCCAGAUCGGAAUGGAACUCAUCCAAGUAAGGAAACGGAGCAGAUUAUUCGACGGUUCUAUGCGAGUUUCUUAUCUAUCUUGGAACUACCUUACGUUCGGCAGAGGUUGGCUUCGAUGUGCAAUCUUGAUUCGAAUAUAGAUAGAAACCAUUUGGCAAAGUUCUGGUCCUCUGCAGUGUAUCCUACUUUUGGCGAACCAUCAGAAUCUAUCAUCCAAGUUUCGAGACCUCAUUGUACAACGUUUUAUUCCAACUUUGGUCGUGCCACGGGGGCCAUUGAAUACUCCAAUCGGAGUGCGGUUCGUAAGGGCUUGCUAGGAUGUAUUCAAUCGAUUUGUUUGGAGGGACUAUUCGUCACCAAACGGACCAUUGGUCUGAGGGUGAAACUAAGCGGUGAUGAGCAGAUGGAUCUCUGGGGUGGGCUGGAUGAUGAACCAGUUGAUGGAUAUGCACCGGAUGAACCCCGACCAAAGGGAUGUCGAGCACAUGUGACCCUUGCCCUGGCACCAGGAAUCGCUGCAGUUGAAACAGGGUUUGACGCUUUGCGUAUCGCUGACUCAGAGCUCCUAAGCCGACCCGACAUAACUCGCAUUGAGUUGAUGGACGGAGUUCUACGAGAGAUUCCAGUCUCUACGAGCUCGGAGGAAAGUAUUUUCUACUAUCAGCUCAAUACGCCACAACUUAUUCGAGGCAAUCACUAUGAUUUUGAAUGCAUUACAUGUUAUCAAAAUUAUCUUCUAAUCGGGACCAAAUCUGGACAAAUAUUGAUUUACGAGUUCACACCAUUAGAAGUCAAUUCAGACAAUGUUUUUAUUCCUUCUAUAACUGAUCAAAAGCGGCCGAGAAAAAUAGUCAAAUUUACUACCAUUGAUAAGAUAGCUGAAGAAGAGCCUGCUCUUCCCACCUUAAAAGUCAAACUUUGCGUCUCUCACAAUCUCUGCAAGAAACGCAUACAACAAAUACAAGCCGUCCCAGAAUAUGGUUUCUUUCUAGUCUUGACAGAAUUUCAACUCGCUGCUCAUAGUCUAUCAAAUCGACAGCUUGUCUCAGUUCUACCCAAUAGCAAAGGUGCCACAGUAUUUGGCAUCCAAUAUCAAUCUGCGGAUUCAGAAUCUCCAAGUGAUCUUUCAAACCCCUUUAACAAGCGUCCAGCCUAUACUACAGAAGCUCGAUUUUCUUCCAAUAAACCUCCACGUCUAAAUUUAUGCUUUUGUGUAAAGAAAAAACUUUUCUUUUUUCGUUGGUCGCCUUCCAGAGGAACUUUUGUUACGCCUUCAGAAUCAGAGGAUCCAUCCAUUGCCUUUUGGCCCUCGGAAUACUCACUUAUUGAUACUGCGAUGUCUUUACAAUUUUGUGGAACUGAAACUCUUUUGAUUGCUCUGCGCUCACAUUAUCUCAGCAUGAAUUUGAGAACCCUAGAAUGCCGGAAAAUCUCAGCAACAAUGAAAAUGGCAACAGCUAUUAUGACACCAUUACCAUACUGUCUGGAUCCCGUGACCUUCGAAGCCACCAACUCCGAAAAAGAUGAUCUUGAAAAAACGCCGGAUGAAAAAUGGGUCCUUGGAACAUCCGCCCCAUUUGCAAUGGCUUCGGAUGAGAAUUUGUACACUCUUUUGCCCCUGAAUGACGACGUUGGAAGUACACCGACAUCGACACUCUCAGAUAUCCCACAGUGCCUUCACGCCUUCCCUCCCUACCUUCUUGCUGCCUUGCCCAAGCGACUUGAGAUCCAUUCGCUUGAACCAAAUGACCUCGUACAAGCUAUCAAAAUCCCACGUAUACGCUCGAUGUGUUCCAAUGGUCUGGGUUGGUUGUAUGCAUCGGCUGCUUCGUCUGUAUAUGAGCCGGAUGAUUCACAACCCUGUCUUUCAUCCGAUGAAUGUCGUCCUUCCACUAUGGGUCAUGGAAGUGAUGUGUGGCUCCUUUUGUCGGCGAAUCGACUUAGGUGUGUUCAGAAACUCGUCAAUGCGGAGGAAUUCAACAUGGCCCUUCGUUUGGCAAGUUUUGCAAAUAUUUCCGGUCAACCAUCAAUCUCGAACCAUCAAAUUUGCGCUCUCUAUGCUUUUCACUUAUUCAACACCAAACGUCUAUUUGAUACUGCUUUUCAGUACUUCUAUAAACUCAAAAUAGAUCCGAUUUUAGUUCUUGGGCUAUGUGGUGGCGAUAUUUAUAAUGAAGAGUCACCGUCGAAUUAUCCUUUCCCACCUGAACCUCUUACCGAGCCGGAAAAGACUGCUCUUUUUGAACCACUGAUUACGUAUCUGGUACGCUGGAGAAGUCAUCUACGAAGUGGUUGUCCACAUGGAGCGAGGCCUGAGGAAUUUCUUGAGCAGCAAAUUUCUUGUGGUAGUAUUGUUGACGCGAGCCCAACGCUAAGAAAACGGAGGAGUUUACUUGAGGCAGUUGAUACUUGUCUACUCAAAUGCUAUAACGUAACUAAUAUUGCCAGAAUUGGACCUCUUCUAAGGCAGGAGAAUUAUUGCUCACUUGAGGUUGCGGAACAGAUCCUAAGGGCCAAUAAACAGACUAAAGAUUUGGUCAAAGUGUAUAAGAUGCGCGAAAUGCAUCAAAUGGCUCUCUCUUUAAUGACUUCCGAGAGUGGCUCUGGAAAGGAAAGCUUCUCCUACCAAGAAAUAGUCAAUUUUCUGAAGGAUCUUCCCAACGCUCCAUUCGAUUUGGUUUCUGAGUUUUGUGAAACCAUACUCAAACAGCAUCCUCGAGAGUGGAUGAGUAUAUUCCUAACUUGGGAACGCAAAAUAUAUUGCAAUGCCUCAAUAGAAAAAAAAGAAGAAUAUUAUUCUCUCGUGAGCUAUCGAGACAAGGUGAUGCGAUAUUUACAGAGAGUUGCACCUCAUCUCCUUAUUCCCUUCCUUGAGUGUACCCUUUUCGGAGCCUGUGGAUGUGAAAUUGAUGAAGAGGAAGAAGGUCUGGACGCAUUGGAUAUUGUUCAUGAGGAUAUUUCCGACUCUCUCAAUGAAAGUGCAUCCCCUACGUCACGGUCAAACUCUCCUAAUAGCUCCUAUAUUGUCCAGAAUGGCCUAAGUACCCAUGUUAUUCCUCCUAAAUCAACCGUGAUCUCUGAGACGUCCCUGACAGGUUCCCAAAAUUUUGAGGAAACUUGUGUUUGGCCAUUUCCCAAUCAUUGUCACACGCAUCCACCCUCUCAGAAUUGUCGCGUCUGUCGAUCUCUUGAUGACAAUGAAAGUGCCACGGACCUCUAUGAAAUGCCAGAAAUAUGCCCACCUCCCUCUGGUUUUUCUCCAUGCGUUGCGUUGAAUGAUUGCUACACCCGUGCUCUCAUAAAAGAAAUCCAGACGAACAGCCACGGAAAGGUGAUGCCUUCUCAUGCCCAUGAGGAAACACCACAUGAUGGCGUCGUUGCUCGCUUGCGGUAUCGUCUUCUCACUUUUCUCAGCAUGAAGAAUGUCAAACUAUCAACGGAGGAUUUACUAUUCCACUUCCCCUAUGAUGGCUGCUUUGAAGAACGUGCUGUUCUACUGGCUCGACUGGAUCGGCACAGACAGGCUUUGACAAUGUGGGUUCAUUUACUGGGAGACUGGAAUAGGGCCCUGCAACACUGUGCUCAAGUUCAAGCUGAAGCAGAAAGUCGUUUCAUCACUUCCUCGAGUGCUGGAGGUACUCGAAAAGAUGACGAGACUCCAAAGUUGCAUGAAAUCUACACAACUCUCAUUGAUGUUUGUCUUAAUCCAUUGGAGCCGAUUGCUUUGGGUAUUAUUCUUCCUGGAAAUGAAUCUCCACAGAAUGAAAUAAACUCUCGGUUCAAACCACGGAUAGAUCUGGCUAUUGAGGUGGCCACGCAGUUCAGCGAAUUUGUCGAUGUCACCAAGGUUCUUCAAAUGAUUCCGGAUGAUGUCAAUCUCAAAUCAAUCUCGCCUUUCUUGACGGUUGGCACUAGUUAUGUGCACCACGGGAAUUUGGCCGAUAUGCCAUUUCCGAGUGCACGAAUAGGGAGUCGGAAUGCUAGUUCAAUCAAAGAUCAUUCAGCAUUUCCACCUUUGGCCAGACUUUGA